AUGCUGUAUGGCAGCGAAACGUGGACGAUUGCCAAAGCAGAGCGGAGAAGGAUAGAAGCUUUCGAGAUGUGGUGUUUCAGAAGAAUACUUAAAAUAAGUUGGACGGACAUGGUAUCAAACGAGGAAGUAUUAGAAAGAAUGUCCGUGAGAAGAACUUUAUGGAGUAGUAUCAAGAAAAGAAGAAAUGAAUGGAUUGGACAUGUAUUGAGACAUGGUGGGUUGCUAGGAUUAAUCAUAGAAGGCUGCGCGGAAGGAAAAAAUGCUAGGGGAAGACCACGAAUGGAAUAUAUGCAACAAAUAAUAGAGGACCAAGGUUUUACGUAA